AUGGUGACCCCCUGCCCCACCAGCCCCGUGAGCCCCGCCGCCCGGGCUGGGAGGCGGGACGACCAGAACCUCCGUGCCCCGGUGAAGAAGAGUAGGCGCCCACACCUCCGGAGGAAGCAGCCGCUGCAGCCGCUGAACCCGUGUCCGCUACCCGGAGACUCUGGCGUCUGCGACUUGUUCGAGUCCCCCAGCUCCGGCUCGGAUGGCGCAGACAGCCCCGCGGCGCGAGGCUGCAGCCCCCUACCCGGUCCUGCCCAGCAGCUGGUGCAGCUAGAUCUACAGACCUUCCGCGACUACGGUCAGAGCUGCUACGCCUUCCGCAAGGCGCGGGAAAGCCACUACCACCCGCGGGAGUCAUUGGCGCGGCAGCCACAAGUAACGGCGGAAUCCCGCUGUAAGCUGCUCAGCUGGCUAAUCCCCGUGCACCGCCAGUUCGGCCUGUCCUUCGAGUCGCUGUGCCUGACGGUGAACACUCUGGACCGCUUCCUUACCACCACGCCUGUGGCUGCAGACUGCUUCCAGCUGCUCGGGGUCACGUCCCUGCUCAUCGCUUGCAAACAGGUGGAGGUGCACCCGCCGCGCGUGAAGCAGCUCCUGGCCUUGUGCUGCGGCGCCUUCUCCCGGCAGCAGCUCUGCAACCUCGAGUGCAUCGUGCUGCACAAACUGCACUUCAGCCUGGGCGCGCCGACCAUCAGCUUCUUCCUGGAGCAUUUCACGCACGCACGCGUGGAGGCUGGGCACGCAAAGGUCUCCGAAGCCCUGGAAGCGCAAGCCCUGGCGCGUGGGGUGGCGGAGCUGAGCCUGGCUGACUACGCUUUCACCAGCUACACCCCCUCCCUGCUGGCCAUCUGUUGCCUGGCGCUGGCAGACCGUAUGCUGCAGCUCCCUCGCCCGAUGGACUUGCGCCUGGGCGGGCACCCCGAGGCGGCGCUGCAGGACUGCCUGGGCAAGCUGCAGCUACUGGUGGCUAUAAACAGAACGUCCCUGACUCACAUGCUGCCCCUCCAGAUCUGCAAGAAGUGCAGCCUGUCCCCGAGCUUGAAAUGA